AUGUCACCACAAACAGAAACUAAAGCAAAGGUUGGGUUCCAAGCUGGUGUUAAAGAUUAUAAAUUGACUUAUUAUACUCCUGAAUAUCAAACCAAAGAUACUGAUAUCUUGGCAGCAUUCCGAGUAACUCCUCAACCAGGAGUUCCGGCUGAAGAAGCAGGUGCAGCGGUAGCUGCAGAAUCUUCCACUGGUACAUGGACAACUGUGUGGACCGAUGGACUUACCAGCCUUGAUCGUUAUAAAGGACGCUGCUACGAGAUAGAGCCUGUUCCUGGAGAAGAUAAUCAAUUUAUUGCUUAUGUAGCUUAUCCCUUAGACCUUUUUGAAGAAGGUUCUGUUACUAACAUGUUUACCUCCAUUGUAGGUAAUGUAUUUGGGUUCAAGGCUUUACGCGCUCUACGUCUGGAAGAUUUGCGAAUCCCUAAUGCUUAUGUUAAAACUUUCCAAGGUCCUCCUCACGGAAUCCAAGUUGAGAGAGAUAAAUUGAACAAGUAUGGACGUCCCCUAUUGGGAUGUACUAUUAAACCAAAAUUGGGUUUAUCCGCUAAGAAUUAUGGUAGAGCAGUUUAUGAAUGUCUCCGCGGGGGACUUGAUUUUACCAAAGAUGAUGAAAAUGUGAACUCCCAACCAUUUAUGCGUUGGAGAGACCGUUUCUUAUUUUGUGCCGAAGCAAUUUAUAAAUCACAGGCCGAAACAGGUGAAAUCAAAGGACAUUAUUUGAAUGCUACUGCGGGUACAUGUGAAGAAAUGCUAAAAAGAGCUGUAUUUGCUAGAGAAUUGGGCGUUCCUAUCGUAAUGCAUGACUACUUAACAGGUGGAUUCACUGCAAAUACUACCCUGUCUCACUAUUGCCGCGAUAAUGGUCUACUUCUUCAUAUCCACCGUGCUAUGCAUGCAGUUAUCGAUAGACAAAAAAAUCAUGGUAAACUUGAAGGAGAGAGGGAGAUUACGUUAGGUUUUGUUGAUUUACUACGUGAUGAUUAUAUUGAAAAAGAUAGAAGUCGCGGUAUUUAUUUCACUCAGGAUUGGGUUUCUUUACCAGGUGUUAUCCCUGUUGCUUCAGGGGGUAUUCACGUUUGGCAUAUGCCUGCUCUGACCGAGAUAUUUGGAGAUGAUUCUGUACUCCAAUUCGGUGGAGGAACUUUAGGACACCCUUGGGGAAAUGCACCUGGUGCCGUAGCGAAUCGAGUAGCUCUGGAAGCAUGUGUACAAGCUCGGAAUGAGGGACGUGAUCUUGCUCGCGAGGGUAAUGCAAUUAUCCGUGAAGCUUGCAAAUGGAGUCCUGAAUUAGCUGCUGCUUGUGAAGUCUGGAAGGAAAUCAAAUUUGAAUUCCCAGCAAUGGAUACUUUGUAA